GCUCCAAAGUGCCAGUUUCAUGAGGUGUGCUCGCUGCAGCUACAGAUGGACGCCUUUUAGAAGCUCCACGGUUUUUUGGAGAGCGGGAUUAGCUUCUCUUACAAGGGGGUCUCGAAUAUCAAAGUGAAAUGAGAUGAGAGAAGGAGGCGUGCACGGAACAAAGUGAAAGCAGUUAAGUGACGGCCUAGGGAGUAACAUGAAUCAGCUGAGCAAAAUGAAAGUAACUGAGCUGCAGAAUGAUGCCUUGAAUAAAUCUGCACUGACGUGAAAUAAUGUCCGUCCAGCGAUUUCAGAGGGGGUCCCCAGCCCAGUCAGCCAUGAAAGCUCAAGGCAGGUGGACCCUCUCAGUUUUAGGGUUUCUUUUUCUUCACGUGGACACCUCAUGGGCAGAACGAUUUCAAGUUUCUGGAGCUUCUGAUCUAAUUACGGCUUUUGUGGAUGACGACGUGAUCCUCCCUGCUCUACUCUCGCCGCUUACUAACGCUACAGCAUUUGAAAUCCGGUGGCUUAAAGAUGACUUCACAUCUCCGGUGCUUUUAUACCAGAAUUACAAACUCAGGCACGUCAACCAGAUGGAGGGGUUCAAGGAAAGAAGUCAACUUUUCCUGGAGGAGCUGAAUAAAGGCAACGUGUCCCUGAAAUUGCAGCGGGUCCGUGUUUCUGACGAGGGCCUCUACAAGUGCUUCGUGGACUCGGGGUCCUGGUUUGAGGAGGCUCACAUCACACUGACUGUCCAAGUUUUGGGGAUUCAGCCCUCCAUUUCCGUCAGCUCCACACAAGACCAUCAGACACUGCUGGAAUGUAACUCCGAAAAGUGGAACCCUCAACCAGAAGUGGUCUGGAGGGACAAGAAUGGAAGAGAUGUGACAUCCCUCUCCAAGAUGCACACCGAACGGGACAGCGAGGGUCUCCUCCGUGUAAGCAGCAUCAUUCCUGUGGAGCAGGAGGUCAGCGUGUUCUCCUGCAUGAUGAGGAGUUCGGCUCCAAAACCAGCUUGGCCUUCAGAACUCAGCAUCUACAGUUUAUCACCAGGAAUCAAUAGAUGGAUGGUGGUGGUCAUUUUACAGCUUGUUGUUCUUGUCACAGUGACUCUCCUUCUGAUAACACAAUGGAAAAGAAUGGAAGAUAUGAACCAGCAGUAUGACUGCAUAAAUCAGUUGCUUCAUGUUUGGCUCCUCCACAAACAACUAGAUGUGACAAGACGGGUGACAAAUUCAGAAUGGAGAAGAAUCAUCAGUUCUGCAGCUGACGUGAUUCUGGACCCAGAUACAGCACAUCCUUACCUCUGCCUGUCUGAAGAUGGCAAGGAAGUGAGAAAUGUCGGAAAACUGCAGACUGUGCCUGAUAAGCCAAGGAGGUAUAUGGAUUUUCACUCUGUUCAGGCCAGAGAGGCGUACACUUCGGGGAGACACUACUGGGAAGUGGAGGUCAGGGAGAAGAUUGAGUGGACUGUAGGAAUCGCCCUAGAGAUGGAGGGGAAGGGUGAGUUUUGUUCGGAGCCAUACAGGAGGGUGCGCCUCAGGAAUGAGAAGGAGUACUCGGCCGUCAGUGAGAAAGUGACUUCCCUUCUGGUGAGAAGGAAGCCUGACAGAAUCAGAGUGUUUCUCGAUUACGACGAAGGACAGCUUUCUUUUUACAAUGCGGAGUCCAGGGAACACCUGCACACAUUCACAGAGACCUUCAGUGGGAAACUCUACCCGUACUUAAGCCCCUGUUAUAGUUUACGUGGCAAGAAUAUUGCCCCUCUGGUGAUUCAUCCUGUCAAAGCAAUAGCCUGAGUUUCUUUGUCACCAUUUAACAGGUGAGGAGCUCAAAAAAGAAGGACGCAAUAUGUUGAGCUCAGAGACACGGCGAUCAAAACGUUUCAGGCUUUGUCCACCAGACUUUUACUUUUCAUUUGCAACAAUUCUUUGCUGCCAUGUUUUUUUUUUAAUCUUAAAGUUAUUGAUCACUUCAAAAAUUCAUUUAAUCUUCUGUUUUACAUUCCUGCUACUUUCAUUCCAAUGUGGUUGGGGUUCUCCUGGUAGCACCAACCAAUGGAUGAGAUGCCAGUCUAUCACAGUGAUGAGGAAAAAAGCUAAACACUGCAGAUGAAAUCCUCCUGUCUGAACGUAGCUCAUCCGUUAGUCCUCCCAUCAGCCCCAGCACAGUUCUUCUGACUGAUGGGAACUGUAGUCCCUGUGCAGUCACACCUGCAGAUGAAAUUAAAAUAUGGGGGGCGGGGGACAAGGAUUCCUUCCUGGAAUAAUGGUGUGAAUUCCACUCGUAGUGAAAUAAGUAUUUUUGCAAAACCAAAGUCAAGCAAAAUGACCCAUUUUAUUGGCUAACUAAAAAGAUUACAAUAUGCAAGCUUUCGAGGCAACUCAGGGCUCUACUUCAGAAGCUUGCAUAUUGUAAUCUUUUUAGUUAGCCAAUAAAAUGGGUCAUUUCGCUUGACAUCUCACUAUAUCCAUAAUGGCUACACCCUAGUACUGCAAAGCCAAACAAAAUCAGUUUUGCUCGAAUGGCUGUCUCAUCACUAAUAAUAGGCUGAGUGGUUGCACUGGUUAAAUGGUCCAUGAUCACGUAGCGUUAUCCAUUCCGCAAAAACAAAAAAACAGAACACCACAGCUCUUCUGACUGCUGGGAAUUGUAGUCCCUGUGCAGGCACAGCUACAAGAUUGCAGAUGAAAUUAAAAUAUUCAAAACACCAUUCUUACUGGGAUAAUGGUGUGAAUUUCACUCCACGUAAAAUAAGUUUCACAAUUUUAUUUUUGCAAAGCCAAAAGUCAAGCAAAAUGACCCCUUUUAUUGGCCAACUAAAAAUAUUACAAUAUACAAGCUUUCGAGGCAACUCAGGCUUCGUUGCUCAGUCAUGUUAAAUUUCUUUAGUUAUUCGUUUUGAUGUGCAGUCAGAAGGAGGAUGUUGGCAGCCUUAUCUGUGCGUUUACUGGUGUCGUUAGGCAGAUUUGUGGAUAUGGGUGUUUUGAGCACUGAAAUCUGCAUCUCCUGUGGCUCUUCAGUAUCCGCUUUCUUAGCAGAAGGCCUUUUGAUGGAGUGUGACACACCAUUUACUUCAAAUGCGUAUUUUGUUGUUCAUAUUUUCAUGAACAGAGUUGACACUUCUUUCAAACUUACAUCAACUCCUACACUGUUACCAUAACUGAAUGACAGAGAGCACACACAGCACCUGCGACGAUGCAUCAUUCACGUUUACCACUUGUCCAUUGAUGACGUUGAAUGCCAAUUGUAGCAAGCGACUAGGGGUAGUACCCAGCUGGGACGCCCAGAAGGACCGGAGUAGGGCUUAUGUCUCCUCCAGACCACGAGGGAGUGACCACCCUGGUGGUUUUGGGCACCACAGGAACAGAGAUCAGAAGCUCAACCCUAUAAGGGCCUGUGGUCACCACCAGGGAGCGCCCAGAUGCCUGAGGAGCCCUGACCCUCAGCA